AUGAUAUUUUUCUCUGCGGUGCUGUUUAGCAUCCCCAUUCUUGAUAAAGUUUUAUUGAGAUUCAUGAAGAAAUUUCCGUAUCCGGGAUUAGAACAAUUAGACCUAUAUCCUACCUUCUCCAUGCUUCGUGAACGUUUCUGGCCAUUGGUAUAUGACUCGUGGUCACGUGAGAUUCAGGUCGGGGGAAAGGUUAAAGACACGGAUUUGUAUGACCCCUUGACCAAAACUGUCGUGAAGCUGCUAAGUUUUCAAAAGUCAGGACGCCCUCUGGUAUUGAACUUUGGAAGCUGCUCAUGACCCCCGUUUCUGGUAACUCUCGCGGAGUUCAAGCAGGUAGUCCGAGAGUUUGCCGACAUAGCCGACUUCAUAACCAUUUAUAUCGCAGAAGCACAUGCUUCAGAUGGAUGGAAAAUUGAAAAUUUUUCGGAUAUCGAUAAGCACAAAACGUUGGAUGACCGUGUGAAAGCAUCCGACAGACUUCGGACACGCGACAUGCCGUGUCCGGUACUAGUAGAUCCAAUGGAUGACCAAAACAGCAAGAUAUAUGCCGCGUUGCCGGAAAGGUUGUAUAUAAUAUAUGGUUCCACUGUGGUGUACGCCGGAAGCUGGGGUCCAUUGAGUUAUAAACCAAGCCAAGUAAAAUCAUGGCUCCAGAAGUUCAGAAACGAUAAUUAA